AUGGAGGCUCGAAACUGUGUAACUGUGCAACAAUAUCAACCGGAAUACAACGAUAUGAACCAGAUUCGAGCAAUCUUCUCACUUUUAUACCUUCUCGUUUGGGUGGCCGCGAUCGUCGGAAACACGUUGGUCCUCUAUGUGCUCACUUUCAAUCAGGUACCUUUUUCGGACAUUUUAGGCCUCCCCAACCUUUGUUUCUUUCCAUUUUUCUCUAGAAUAGCUUGUAAAUGUGCUUGCGUCUUGUUUUCCACUGAAAAUUCCCGAAUUUCCGGUCCCAAAUGAUCAGACAUCUCGUCUUUUCGCUUUGAAAUUCCUAAUUGGUAGAGACCACGCAAGGACCACGUUAGACACUUUUUUCGGGGGGAUUUGUCAAAAGUUAAGAAUGAUUUUCGAAUUUCAGGUCUCCCUAUCGGUGCGAACUGUUUUCGUGGGCUGUCUCGCCGGCUCCGACCUUCUCAUGUGCCUCUUUUCGCUGCCGAUCACCGCCAUUUCGAUUUUCUCGCGAGUUUGGGUCUUUCCGGCGAUCUUCUGCAAGCUUAUCGGUGUUUUUCAGGUCAGUUGUUGCGUCAUGAGCACUUUUUGUGUGGAAAUGCUCAAUAGAGUUGAGCCGGUCAACUCACAAAUUUUUGAAUUUAAGCCAAAUCUCACAUUUUUUUUUAGAAAAUUUGAAUAACGUUUUUGCAGGGCGGCACAAUCUUCGUCUCCUCGUUCACUUUGACCGUCAUCGCUUUGGAUCGAUGCGUGCUCAUUCUUCGACCGAACCAGGAGGUACCGAAACUUGCUAACGGCACACGAAAAAGUUAACUCAAUUUGACCCCCCAACCGGAAAAACCGAAUUUGAUGAGCUUUGGAGGCUCGUUUGCUUGUCUCUUUUAUUUUUCCGGCGGGAACUUUUUCUUCUGAAUUGUGUUUACCGCCCAUUUGAUCGGUGAACGCUAACAAGGACACCAAAUUACACACUAAUUUAUUGGGCGUAAAGACCAACUCUAAGGAGACUGAUUUCUGAUCUUUCAGGGCCGAAAUUAAGAUUUUUGAAGUUGUGCGGAAAGAAUUAAGGGAAAAAUUGUCUGGGCUCACGGAGCAAAGAGCACAAACUCGACUUCCCUCAAAUUUUGCCAUUAUUAGACUCUAAACUGUUGCCCCGACGUCCUAAAACUGAAAAUCCUAUUCUGAGUUGUGCUCCAAAAUCGAAAUUCGUCCAAACCUGGCCACAAAUAUACUCAAUCGAUUCGUCCGAAAUCCCAACCAUUUGCCUUGCAGAUUGUGAAUUUCCCGCGUGCAGUGUUCAUCGUCUUCUGCAUCUGGCUGCUCGGUUAUUCGUUGGCUCUUCCCGUCGGAAUCUACUCGGACAUUGCCGUCUACGAAGACAUUUGCGGCACGUUUUGCGAGGAGAUUUGGUGCGUCACACACACCCCUAUUGAUUUGGCCAAUUUCUCACUGAAAUUAGGCUCAUUAUUUUUGUUUCGAAACACGUUUUCUCUCUUCAGGCCCGACUUCAAUCCAGACACUGGUCGAUCGGGAAUCCGAAGGGCCUACGGCCUUCUCGUCCUAGUCCUUCAGUUUGGAAUUCCGGCGCUCAUUAGCUCGAUUUGCUAUUGGAUGAUCAGUCGAGUCAUGUCGGACCAGUUGGAGCGUCGGAGGGGCCAUAAAUUGAGGCCCGAAAGUGAGGAGAAACUGGUGAACCGGAAAACACGCGCAAAUCGGUUAGUCUUGACGAUUUUUCGACAAAUUUGGAUUCCUUAAAGACCUACUGUUAGUAAAGUUCAUUUUCUGAGCGCUACAUGCUUAUUUUCAAUUUCAAAAUUGUCUGGCAAACGUUUUGAGCCCCAUAAUGUCUAGUUCCCAAAGUUUUUGUUUCGGGCUCACGAAGCACACUUGAGCUCCGAGAGCCCGUUGGCACAAUUUCAAAUAAUACGGUGCUCCGUGAGCCCUGAACUUGAGCGGAAUCGUUUAUGCUCAAAGUAUGGCUUCCUGGCGCUCAAAUCUUUCCCAACAACCUGUAGAACAACAUACAAUCCCCACGAACUCUUAAAAUGACGGAAAUCAACUGAAGAAUAUGGUGAAAAGAUAUGUAAAUGUUUGCAGAAUGAUGAUAGUGAUGGUGGUCGGAUUCGUGCUCGCGUGGAUGCCGUUCAACGCCGUCAACCUCUAUCGGGACCUUUUCGGAAUCUCCACGACACAGUGGUACUCGACCGUUUUCGCUCUUUGCCACGUGUGCGCCAUGUGCUCGGCGGUCCUCAAUCCGAUCAUUUAUUCGUGGUUCAAUCCGCAGUUUCGGACGAGUAUCACCACUUUGUUCAAGGGAAGCGACGAGGCGAGACUCAAAAAGAAACAGGCUCCGCCCACCAGCAAAAUGGUCGCUUAUCCCAACAACUUUUCAGAGGUACGGUCAAAUGCUCUUUUUUGACAAGCGUUUUCUAAUUAUUCAAUUUUUAGGUUCGAAAGGACACGGAAAUCGCUUGCAAUAAGACGAAAAUCACAAUAGCUGAAAAUGACUAUCGAGCUGGCGACCAACUUUUGUAA